GAUGACAUUUUUUCCUCCUUCAGCCUAGCUUGCAGAGCUCGGCUGUUGGCUUGCUGCGUUAGCGUUAGCGUACCUUAUGCGGCGUGGCGAUACAUCUCAGCUGUGGAAUGGGGCCGAGGACCAUUGGCCUAACUCUCUUCCCUCCUACUCAUCACAUUUCGCAGCCAGAAACACACAGAACUAGACGUCCGGCAAACCAGGACGAUGGUGCAUGGCGGGAUUCGGCUCUCAUGGGCCCAGGACGAAGCGAAACAGGCCAGUCAUGGUCUCGCGCAUGCCUCGGCCAACACCGAAGCCGAGACCAACAAGCAGCGCAGAAAGCUCCAGAACCGGAAGAACCAAAGAGCACAUCGUGAGUCCGUCCCUUAAUUCCGUAUCCCUUGCUUUUAUAUCCCCUGAUGUACUCUGUACUCAGAAGCCACACAGGACUACGGCUCAAGGAUAAAAACGCGGAGACGGUUCAGGGGUCCCGCCCAUUCGAGGUCAGGCGUUGGCGCGUCGACGAGCAGGACGAUUGUCCCCCCCAAGACACCUCGCCGAAGCCAGCAUCAGAGAGCUCAAUAACCAGGCACAUCUCCUCUCCCCCGCCUCGCACAUAUACCGGCACAUCACCCUCCACAGCCGAGUGUGCUAUGGUCCUCCGAGCCUCGCCAACCACCGGUUACGUCCACCCAGCCCUAGUGCUAAACCACCAGCCCUUCACCUUCCCCCUCUCCUCCGACCACCUCCUCCAUCUCAUCCAGUACAACGUCUUCCGUGCCUUCGUCUCCAACAAGCGCAUCCUAAACACCCGGCUCACCGACCCAACCACCUGCCCCCUCAGUGGUCCCGUCUACGACGACACGACUCUCUACCCUCCUAAGCUCGACAUCCCUCCGUCUCUCGCCCCUACCACCCUCCAGCAAACCUGCUACCACUCCAUCUGGAUCAAUAUCAUUCCCUUCCCCCGCGUCCGCGACAACCUCAUCCGGCGCGAAGGCCGCUUCGACCAAUGGGAGAUGAUGCAGGACUUCGUCGGCGAUCUCAUGCGCUCCACACCGGCCCCGUGGCAACAAGGCGCGCCGGUUAGCUUCACCGUCCCCGUCCCGGAGCCCAAGCACCCCCUGCCUCUCUUAUCAGGAAGUGACACAGAUGAAGUCACCGCCGGGCGCAAGGGGCUCAUCGUUUGGGGCGAGCCGCACGAUAUGCAGAGCUGGGAGGUCACCCCCGGCUUCUUCAAUAAGUGGCCAUGGGCAGUGGAGGGCUGCGACGAGUUGGUUGAGAUUAGCAACCGCUGGAGGAUGAAAAGGGGGGAAGAGCCUGUGAGGUUAUCGAUGUCGAGGAGCUAUGUUUGAGUGGCUUUCUUCAUUCUGAGAAUUAGAUACUCUGUAAGCAAUGGUAGUUCUGUAGUGUAAAUAGGAAGUUUCUUGUUCUUUAGAAGAAAUUGAUGUAGUGAAAUAUAAAUUUAAAUACUAUUUUUAAA